AUGCGAGUGCUCGGGAAAUCAGACGUCACAGUUUCCCGAAGUUCACUUGGCACUGCAGAUCUUUUGCCGAAGAACCACUUAUGGAACCAAAUUCAUGAAAAGUCUAAAGAUGACAUGCAGGAAUUGGGCCCUGGAGAUGCGCGUCCCACUGCACUCCAAAUCAUCAAAGACGCCGGCCGUGAAGGUGGCUUAGUCGGCAAAGUAAUCUUAAUCACAGGUUGCUCGUCGGGCCUGGGUAUAGAGACUGCACGUGCACUCGUCCAUACUGGAGUAACCUUGUACCUUACUGCCCGUGAUUUGGAUAAACCAAAGUCCUCCUUGGGUAAUAUUGUGGAGAGUCCUCAGGUCUAUCUUUUACACCUUGGCUUGAACUCUAUGGCAUCUGUGUGUACGUGCGCCGAGGAAUUUCAGUCGAGGUCGUAUACUCUGAAUAUCCUAAUCGCGAAUGCCGCAGAUAGGUUUGAAAUCCAGUUUGGAACCAACUAUCUAGCCUACUUUUUGUUGUUUUAUCUUUUUAGACAUUGCCUUCUCUCCUUGUCAACCCCAGCGUUCAACUCGCGAGUUGUCAUUGUGGCAUCCAGUGUACACCGCAUCUCCUCCGUUCACUUCGACAAUCUUAGCUUAGAAGGAGAAUAUGAGCUCUGGAAGGCCUAUAGCCAGAUAACAGAGCUUCUUCGCCACGUAUCAGAAGAACAGAAAGCCGACUGGGAGAAAAAUAAGUUUUUAAUCAACUAUUGGAAGAGUACUGAACAAGGCGCCGUGACCACCGUUUGGGGGGCAGUUGCGAGGGAAUUAGAAGGUAUCGGAGGCAAAUACUUGGAUAAUUAUCAAAUUGCGCUACCAGCCGAUCCUGCACAGCGCCACGGGCCCGGUUAUGCGGUUUGGGCAUACAGUCCCGAAAUGGAGAAAAGAUUGUGGGCCAUAAGCCUAGAUUUGCUAAACGAAUAUUGA